AUGGCGGAAUUGGAGUCCAAUUUGGAGACCGUUUGCGAACACGAGCCAAAAGUCGAGUCCAGAACAGUCGCCACGCGCUCUCAUGGCGACGUCCGCGUCCACGUCCAAGGCUCUCUGGACCAGAUGCAGUCGAAGGCCGUGUUCCUCACGGUUCACGACAUCGGCGCCAACCACAGUUCUUGGAAGGACUUCGUGGACAACGAGUCGAUGCUGGAGAUCAAGAACCGCUCUGUGUUCGUCCACUUGGACGUUUGCGGUCAGGAGGCGGACGCGGAGGACCUUGAAGGCGACUUCCCCACCAUCCAGCAGAUAAGCCAUUGCGAGGAGGUGUUGGCGGACGUGUUGGACGCGCUGCACGUGCCGCUCGUGGUGGGGUUGGGGGAGGGCGCCGGCGCCAACAUCCUGGCCCGCUUCGCGCUGCGCCACCCGGAGCGCGUGCUGGGAUUGGUGCUCGUGCACCUGGUCAGCGCCGAAGUGGGCUUCCUGGACGCGCUCAAGGAUCGGCUCUUCUUCCGCCGCAACUCCCAGCAGAUGUCGCCACUGGACAUCGUCGCGCUGCACAAGAUCGGGAAGGAGCGGGACGAGACGUCGCGGCGCCUGAUGGACGCGUACGGGGCGCGCGUGCAGACCAUCAACGCGCGCAAUCUCCGCAAAUACGUGACGGCGUACAUGGAGAGGAAGGAGAUCGCGGAUCUGCGCGAGCUGGACGUGCUGCUGGUCACUGGCGCGAAGUCGCCGUACUGCGCAGGCGUGGAAGCCAUUCACUCGAAAUGCAACAAAACCAAGACUUCGCUGUUGAAAGUGGACGAAUGCACUGACGUCAUCAGCGAAUUUCCCGACAAAUUGGCGCAAAGUCUGCUUCUGUUCGCCAAGGGAUUGGGUUUUCUCACUUCCUGUCCUUCGGCCGACGGCAAGUCGCGACCCGAAGACUCUGGGCUCCAUCGGUCGCCGGCGCACUCUCUCGAUGGAGGAAUACGUUUCAACGACAACGAACUCGUGAUCAACAAUGAAGAGUUCGUUCGCCGAUCGAAACCCGAAUUCAAUGGCAGUUCUGUC